CCCUCAAUACGCAAGCAUCACUUAAACACAGCUCAAGAACUUACUCUUGAAACCGAUGCGUUCCUUGGCAAAUCGGACCAUAGGGAUGAAACUGAUGAAGAUGGAAAACCCCUUACUCGGCAGGUGCUACUGGAGCGAAUACGUCAAAAGAAGGAAGUCAUCGGAAAGUUACGAUGCCAGCCAUGGAGUAUGUCCCGCAAGAAGCGAACUUUGAAACUAGCUCAAAAAUAUCUGGAGCAACAUGAAUCGCGCGUAUCCAGGACGCAUCUUUAUAUGGAAGAGUUUCGGAAACGUAUGCGUUUGUUGAAACGAAGUUUCUCGAACUUCAAAACCUACUUGAUACCAUGGGAAGGCAAAAUAAAGCGGAUUGAAAGCCAUUUCGGUUCCGUCGUCUCAUCCUAUUUUACAUUUUUACGAUGGAUCGUGUUUGUGAACGUAAUUAUCACAUUGAUCAUUGUCGCCCUUGUCGUAUUGCCUGAGGCGUUGGCUGACGCUGCAGCGGACGAGGGGCGACGUAACCGAACCGAGACACGGAAAGAGAUCCCGGCUAACGAGCGUGUACAUGCCGAUGAAAUCGCCGUCGUUUGGCACUACGAUGGCUAUCUACGAUACUCACCGCUAUUUUAUGGGUACUAUUCGGAUGAUGAGUUUCUGGGACAAAAAUAUCCGUUACCGUUGGCAUACUUCCUUGUCACCAUUUUUAUAUUUGCAUAUAGUUUCUUCGCCAUUCUCCGGAAAAUGGCCGCCAACGCUCGUAUGUCAAAAUUAUCCGGCAGUAAAGCCGAACAAUAUAUUUUUAAUUGGCGUGUGUUCACUGGAUGGGACUACACAAUCGGUAAUCAGGAAACGGCCAGUAAUACUGUAAUGGCAAUUGUCAUUAAGUUGAGGGAAUCAAUCGCCGACUGUCGUGUAUCGCUCGGGUCGAAAUUUCGGUGCCUACAAUUUACGUUACGUGUAAUAGCCAAUGUUGUCAUCUGCGGGAUGCUUGCCUUCUCAAUAUACUGUAUUUCGUUUGCUGUACAAAAAUCUCAAACAGCCGUUGAACAAGAAGGCAAUCUCUUCACAAAAAACCAGGUACCUUCUGUUGUAGCAACAAUCACUCACGUCUUUCCUAUGAUUUUCGACCUUAUCGGACGUCUCGAAAAUUACCAUCCACGAACAGCAUUGAGAGCUCAUUUAACCAGGGUACUUGUCCUGUACGUGCUGAAUUAUCUCACACUGAUAGUAGCACUGUUCGAUAAAAUGGACGCAAUCCGGAAAAAAGACCCAUCAUUAGACUUUUCCAUUGCACGAGAGAAACGCCAACUCGGAGGACGUAAUCCCAACAUUCCUCGACCUCCACCAUAUGCCAGUCGUACGUUCGAGAAUCGAACAGAUUUCCUUCGGUUCAUUGAGCGAAGUACACGACGUUUCGAUCAAAAUCGUACGACACGAUCCGCACCAACAACACCGUUUACCGUAGCUCCACAGUUUGGUCCGUUCAACGUGAACAAUCCUAAUGUGAUCAUGCGGAAUGGCACACUCAGCAAGAUUUUUGAAGCUAAACGGAUUGGUCCCGCACCGUUGCCCGUUUACACUCCACCUCCUCGAACGUAUCCACCGUAUGAACCUGGAAAAAUGAAAGAGAAGUAUGGUGGCCCGGACUUCCAUCCAACUCGCAACUACCCGAGAACGACUACAACGCCUAGACCUCGGAUAACUCGCCCACCGCCGACUAGAAAGCUCCUCCUCGCUGAAGAGCCCACAUCGACAGAAGAUGUAAGCUGCGUCACAAAAGUAUAUCAUUACAAUUCAGAAACAAUGCGGCUGCCAGCAGCCGCAGAGAGAAAAAGCUCAGCGGACGAGGUUUACAACAGCGACAUUUGCUGGGAAACGAUAAUUGGACAGGAGAUCGUUAAACUCGUCACUAUGGAUUUGAUCGUAACAAUCGUAUCGAUUCUGGUUAUCGACUUUCUUCGCGGUCUAUGGAUCAAAUACUGCUCGGCCUGGUGGUGUUGGGAUAUUGAAACAACAUUCCCUGAAUACGGCGAGUUCAAAGUGGCCGAAAACGUAUUGCAUAUAAUCAAUAACCAGGGAAUGAUCUGGUUAGGAUUGUUCUUCACACCUUUAUUGCCAGCUCUGAACAAUAUCAAACUGGUAAUUAUUAUGUACAUUCGUGGAUGGGCCGUAAUGACGUGUAACGUACCGGCAAGAGAAAUAUUUCGUGCCAGCAGGUCAAGCAACUUCUAUCUGUUGAUUUUAUUGCUAUGGUUACUACUUUGUACAUUGCCUGUCGGUUUUGUCAUUGCCUCCACUCGACCCUCCAGAAAAUGUGGUCCUUUCCACGAUCAUUUCUACACUGUAAUCACAAAGGAAAUAGAGAAACGUGUGGAUCCAUUCCUUCUCGGAUAUAUUCGUCACGUAGCUUCGCCAGGAGUUGUCAUCCCUAUACUACUCUUUCUAAUGCUGAUUAUUUACUUUUUGGUCUCUCUAGUAAGAGGACUACGUGAGGCGAAUACGGAUCUUCAACAGCAAUUAAUUCAUGAACGCACUGAGGAAAAGAAGAAAAUCUUUGAGCUGGCCGGCGGUAAAAAGAAAGUCGAUCAGGAUAGAGAUCGAGAUCAUCGAAAAGCUGUGCAGUAUUUGCCACUUAUUGAACAACAGCGUCGAGAGCCAUGGAGAACUUAUAAUGAGGUUUAUGAGCCUGUCCGAGCCGAAGAUUCGUCGGAAAGCGAAGAAGAGGAAGUGGAUGAGUCGCAGUCGCCAGUUCCGGUACAACGCUAUGCACCAGUGCCGUCCAGUACAUCAGAAACCGUAGCUGCAAUGCAUUUUCAUCCUUCACUUGGGUGA